AUGACUGCUACUCCUCGUUAUUACCCUGCUGAAGACGUCAAGCCUGCCAAGGCCGUCCACAAGGUCAAGCAAAACCCACCACGAGUGAGAGCAUCCAUCACACCUGGAACCGUUCUUAUUCUGCUUGCUGGCCGAUUCAGAGGAAAGCGCGUGGUCUGUUUGAAGGCGUUGGAAUCCGGGCUUCUUUUGGUUUCAGGACCAUUCAAGAUCAAUGGAGUUCCUCUUCGCAGAGUCAACCAAGCUUAUGUUAUUGCCACCUCCACAAAGGUUGAUGUUUCGAAAGUAGAUGUCAAAUCCAUCACCGAUGAACACUUCUCCAGAACCAAGGACGCUGCCAAGGAUGGGGAAGAAGAAUUUUUCAUGGGAGAUGCCCCAAAACAAGCCGUUGUCUCUGAUCAACGCAAAGCAGACCAAAAGAAGGUCGACGACGCACUCACAAAGGCUGUCUCAGCCGUUCCCAUGUUGGAAGCAUACCUUGCAGCCCAAUUCACACUAUCAUCCGGUGAUAAGCCACACCUAAUGAAGUUCUAA